AUGGCAUCUUCAGAGGAACCUGUGCACCCGUUGCGCAUCUCCAAGGGCUCCACGGGCUCUCCUCCUCCCAAGGCAUCGAACCCUAUCCCUCGUGCCCUUUCAGAGCUGUCUCCUUCAGACCAUAGAAGGAACUCUCCCAGCUUUAAUCAGCAGUCCAAGAAAAUGACUCUGAACACCGACUCCUCCCCAUUCCAGUCGUCUCCAAUGGAGACCACCACCUCUCCUAGGUUGUUCUGGCAGAAGCGCAACCUGGAUUCUAUCAGUACCGAGAGCAACAGUCUAUACGGCGGCAGCCUCGGUUCACCAUCUCAGAUUCGUCGCACAUCUAUUGAACGCCUCCAAAAGGCUUCCCGCGUCAAGAACAGCAACAUCCUCGCUCUCGAGCAGAAGCAGGAGUACGACCCUACAAAAAUACCCCAGAUCGAGCGCCCUCUCGCUAAGCACCAGGGGAAUGCUUAUGGCGGAGCUGGGACGCCCCCGACGGCCAUCAUCAACGGGCUCCGGUCCUCGGAUUCUCUGAGCAGAGGCUUCGGUCACCAACGCAACAACAGCAGCAAAUCAAGCAUCCCCAUCUACAGCCCCGCUACAAGUCCGUCCAAGGCCUCUACCGCCUCAAUGCAGGCCAACCCCUCCAGCCCCCCAAAGAGCCCAGGCAAGGAGCCGACCUCUCCCAUGAAGUCUUCGCUCUCUAGAAGCAACUUCAAGAACAGCUUCGACCCCGAAACCGGUACCUGGUCGGCUGACACGUCUUUCGACGACCGUGAGCUUCCUUCUGGCAAGUCUCUGCACCGCCACGCAAAGAGCGUCACCUUCGACGCUGCUCCCCCUCAAAUCAACGAGUAUGAAAUGGCCACACCAGACAUCUCCUCCAUCGGAUCCAACUCCCGCGAAGGCAGCUUCGAAUCCAUGGAUGACGAGGACGACGAUGACGAGCACUACCACCUGGGUGAUCACGACAUUGGAGAGGACAGCUUUGAUGCUUCCCUCGAAGAUACGGACAAGACGCCUGUCGUGGGCCCCGAUGACUGGAGACAAUCUGCGGAGCGCAUGGAUGAUCCCUUUGAGAGUAGCCCCAUGCCCGAGUCCCAGCCUGGCCCACUCGGUAGACCGGAGCAUGUCCGAUCCGACUCCUCCACUUCGGAUCAUCGCCCUCUGCCACCUCUUCCCGGCAUGGGUGGCUCGCUCACCCGCCGUGACUCUCGAUCGUCGCCCGGCCUAUCGGCGACUGCCGAGAGAAUGCUGGGCGCCCAUCGCAGCCUGCCUUCCCCACCGCCGGCUGCUUCGAGCAAAUCGGAGAUCCAAAGCAUUGGCAAUGGCAAGAUGACUCUCGAGGAGCGCCUGAAGCUUAUGAUGCUGUCAGACGACCACAAGUCUGCCAGCGAGCAGCAGAGAGAGCGUCGUAUGCGACGUGGUGCGCAGCGCGACAGGUUCCAGAGUCCCUCAUCUGAGACCGAGACCGCCGAGUCGAGCAUGCUCGAGGCUGAUGAGGAAGACGAUGCCGUUGGUGACAUCUCCGCUCUUGAGGAUUAUGAGCUGCCGGAACGCAUCUCCCGCGAGUCAAUCCUCCGCCGUGCCAACACCGAGGGAAACACACAGCAGGGUGAUUACUUCUCCUCUCCUGUGCCCAGCUCCAGCCCUGAAAGAGGAAUCCCUGAGCGUCGCCUCCCUCUGCCUCUUGAUCCUGAUGUCCCUAUUCCUUCAACGGAAGACUCCAUUUUGGAUGAUGAUGAAAUAUCCGAUUUAGAAGAUGAAGAAGAAGAGGAAGGCAGUGUCAUCAUCCAUCGCGACGAAGACACAGAUGCCGAGACUGACUCCAUCACGGACUUCUAUGCUCGGUCCGAUUUGGACGAGAAUGAGUCCGACUCCGCGAGCCAUUAUUCCGAUGGACCGGCUCGUGUGCCUGAGGUCACUCAGGUCGACGAGCAUAUCCUGACGCCCCGCGCUGCCAGCCCCCAACAAGCUGCCUUCCAGUCUUUCGACAUGGGCUCCGAGAUAAGGCCUCUGGAGCUCAAGUCUGACAAGACAGGGAGCAGUUCACCCACAGAGACUCCCAUUGGGUCUCCAACUGAAAUUCCUGCCAAGGAACCAACGCCAGAGCCCGCACAGGCUGCUGAGCCUCAGGUGGAGGCGACUCCCGAACCUGAGCCCAAAGAGAAGUUCACAGAUUCUCCUGCCGACCUGAAGUCUACUUUGCCUGAGAUGAAGGAUGGAGGCAAGGAUAAUGAGUUUUCCAAGGGCCUGCAGUCGUUUAUGCUGCCGCCGCCUCCUGAGCCUACCCCACAGGACCUUGAAGACCUUCAGCCUCCACCCAAGAUGACCGACCUCCAAUCUCAGCUGCGUCCCACCACCCCUAUCCAGCAGACCUCCACAACUUUGUACGAUGGUUCUGGCUGGGGAGAACCGGAGGAUGAAUACGACGAUGAACCCGGUACUCCCGAGUCCGUCAUUCACCGUCCGAUUGAGGACUCAGAAGAAGAAGAAGAAGAAGAAUCAGAGAUGUUCGAGGAGCCCAUCCCUGCCAUCCCUGAAGAGCCCCUCGAGUCGCCAGCUAUCCCUGAGCGCCAGGCAACAAUCAAGGCCUCUGGCUCUAAGCUCAAGACCAGGCCGUCCAACACCCCAUCCGACAUCAUUGCCAUGAGGGAAGCUCGGCGUCAAGUUAGUCGCGAGGUGCCCGACAUCCCUCCUAUUCCCGAGCGCCACCGCAACAGACUCUCGAGAGAUCUCUCCGGAGCGCCCGACAUUGGUGACGAGGAGCUUAUGCAGCGUCACCCAAGCUUGAAGAAGCGCAGUCUUACUCUGGAUCUUGACUUUGGUCUCAGCCUCGACCAAGACUUUGACCGUGUCAUCGAACAACAAAAGGUUGUUUUUUCCCAACAAGUUUGUGAAGCCUCUCAUAUUGCGAGUGGCAGCGCCGAUGGACAAGCGUCCAGGCCGACCACACUCAGUCGCAAAAUCAUAACAGCAGAAACUGAAUCACAGAACGCUAACAUUGAAUCUCGAACUCAGCGCGGAUACCUUAUGCGUCAGAAUACCAAGCUUGUCACCGCCAGCGACAAGGAGUCAGAUGACAUGUGGAAGACACGAUCGGCCGGCAACUCCCCCAUUAAGACGGAUCGCCCCCAGUCAUGGAUCGUCGAGCCCUGGAACGGCAGACCCAGACAGAAGAGCAUUCGUCGUCGUGCCAACACUAGCGGGCCAGUGCCACCCCUGCCUGGACAAGAGAGCAACGCGCACACAUUGAACCCAUUAGCUGAAGAGGACUUGAACCCAGAGCUGGCGACCGAGGAGAGUGGCGAGCGCGGCAGACUCUUCGUCAAGGUGCUGGGCGUCAAGGACCUGGACCUCCCCAUCCCCCGAAAUGACCGUACCUGGUUUAGUUUGACGCUUGACAAUGGUGUCCACUGUGUGACAACUGCCUGGCUGGAGCUUGCGCGCAACGCUCCCAUCGGACAAGAGUUUGAGCUCGUUGUGCCUAAUGACCUGGAAUUCCAGCUUACUCUCAACGUCAAGCUGGAAAAGCCAAUCCCGAAGAAGGUUGUUGUGCAAUCUCCCACCAAGGCCCCCAAGCCCAAGACGUCCACCUUUAGCAGGGUGUUUGCGUCGCCCAAGAAGCGCAAGGAGAUGGAGUUGCGCGCCCGUGAGGAAGAGGAGAGACUGGCCGCACAGCAACGUGAGGCCCAGGCGAGACAGAUGAAGGUCGCUCCCACCGCCUGGGACCUGCUGUCUCCUCUCGCGGCCGAAGACGGCAGCUUCGCUCGCUCCUAUGUCUGCCUCAAGGAGCACGAGUCUCGCUGCUACGGUCGUCCUUACGUUGUUGACGUUGCCUGCUUCAAUGAGUGGGCAACGGAAGAGGCUGCUUUCGCCUCCAGCGUCAAGAGCAAGCGUGGCAACACGGCUGUUGUUCGCCGCGCUCCGUACAAGAUUGGAAAGCUGGAGCUUCAGCUCCUUUUCGUCCCCCGUCCCAAGGGUGCAACUGACGAGGACAUGCCCAAGAGCAUGAACUCAUGCAUCCGGGAGAUCAAGGCCGCUGAAGAGCGCCUUGCUAAGAACUGGGAGGGUCACUUGAGCCAACAGGGUGGCGAUUGCCCGUACUGGCGUCGCCGCUACUUCAAGCUCGUUGGCACCAAGCUGACCGCUUACCACGAGGCUACCCGCCAACCUCGUGCCACCAUUAACCUGACCAACGCCAAGCGCUUGAUUGAUGACCGUCGCGCGUUGACCGAGAGGGAGACUACCGGCAAGAACGGCCGACGCCGGAGAUCCGCCUUCGCCGAAGAAGAAGAAGGUUACAUGUUCGUCGAAGAAGGCUUCCGCAUCCGUUUCAACAACGGCGAACUUAUUGACUUCUACGCCGACACGGCUGAGGACAAAGAAGGCUGGAUGCAAGCACUCACCGAUGUCGUUGGCCGCGGGGAUGGCGGCGCAGAUGACGACGGCAGCGGAUCUCGCCACAAGGGCAAAUGGUGCGAGCUUGUCCUCAAGCGGGAGGAGGCGCUGCGACGCCGCGCCGAGGGCCGGCGGGUGCACUCGCGGACCAAGAGCACUUUCAACUAA